AUGCUUUCAUCUUCUUUUGCAGACAAAGCCACUGUCCCUGGAAUCAAGCUCUCCUCAGAGUCCUCUCUGAAUGAUCACACAGAGUCAUACAUCACUGUGUUGGUUGGGAGGGGGGGCAGCGUUGCAACAGCGGUGGGGGGGGCAGGGGAUGGACUGGAUGCAGACAAACCGGCCGGCAGAAGGGAUGACACCCCACUGCAAGGCGCGGCUACUACCACUGCGGCUGCAAGAGAUGCAGGAGAGGGAGAAGAUGUGGCAAUGGAAGUGGUGCUCCUGCAGCUCAUUGACACCAUCAUCUCUGUCUUCAACCUGGCUUUCUUGACAGUCAUGGAGGCCGCAGCCGCACCAUGA